GCGCCCCUUCGCACGUGGAAUUGUCAUUGUGCGGAAGCUCAUCUGAAGGUUACGGUAAACUAACUAACAACUGUCAAAAUGGAUUUUUCACCACCACCAGGUGCCAAAUUAGACGCCGCUAAUAGAGAACAGCUGAUGGAACAAGUUAAACAACAAAUUGCGCUUGCCAAUGCGCAAGAAUUGUUACAGAAAAUGUCGGAAAAGUGUUUCAAGAAGUGCAUUCAUAAACCGGGAACAUCUUUGGACAGUUCUGAACAGAAAUGUAUAGCCAUGUGCAUGGAUAGAUACAUGGAUUCAUGGAAUUUAGUGUCACGGACAUAUAGUAGCAGACUUCAGCAAGAAAGAAACCGUGCACAUUGAUUAUAUACUAUCACGAAGACUAGUGUGUCAGUUAAGGUUUUGUGUACAUUUGUAGUGGGUAAUGAUAUUGAAAUCAAAUGCACUGGCAAGUGUUUGGCGACUUCAUGUGAUAGAGAGCUCAGACCACAAGGAGUUUUCAUCCCAGAAAGCAGGAUGACUGGAUUGUUUGUGUAGCACAUUUACACCGAUUGUGGGAGCUUUUUGAGUUAAAUAUGCCUCAUGUGCAAAUCAUGAUAUUCAUGUAUCGGUUGUUUCUGCAUCAUGUGGAAACAUUUUCAGUGAUUAUUAAAUAACAGACAAUCGUAAUUAGUUUUUAAUAUCAGUAUCUUGGAACAAAUAUGAUUACAUGUAUAGGUUUUAUAUAUGAAUCGAGUGAUUUUGCCUCAUUUGUUACUAAUCAUGUACAUCCAUGGAAACCCUGUGUUAAAUCUGUUAAACUUUAAAAGUGGUUUAAUGCAUGAUAAUGUAAUUUGCAUUAAAGCAAAUUUGCAGUGUUGUUACAUGUACAAAAUGUAUAUUGUCAUACACACAAGACUCACCAGUAUUUAACUCACUUCAUUCAUUUUUCAGUUUGAUAUACAUGUACUUAGUUGCUACAUGCCAUAGAUUGUUAUAACCUGCAACAACCUACGCUAGAUCCACAGGGGAGUUAAAACUUGUGCUGAUUUAUAUAAUGUUGUUUCUAGUGUAAAUUGGGGAUAACUUGUCUUGUAGUGUUAUUAACAUUUAUUCAUUCCUGGAGACACUAAAAAUUUCAAUUUUAUGUCCCGGUAGUUUAUUUUUUGUCCGUUAUAAAUUUUAGCCCACAAAUAUCUUUUAAAAUCUCUAUAAAUUAAAGAUUCCUAAAAUAAAUUUACAUAAAAUUAAGUAAUAUUUGGUGGUAUUACUGGAUUUUUCUAUGUGUGUGUGGGGUCAACUAUUACAGUAAUUAUAAACUGGAUGAGCUUAACUGAUACCCUCACUUAUAUGUACAGUUUUAUUAACAGCUGAACCAAAGUCUACCUGUACCGACACCCUUACUGUAUAUUGGAACAAAGUCAGUAAAUCAGAACUUGUUUGCAUUACUGUAGAAUAGUUACACAUUUACUUUUGUAAAAUUUAAAACUGGUAAACCAGUUUAAUGAAGACAGUAUGACAUUGUUUCAAAAAUCUGUAUUGCCAAGUGAUUUCCUGUUUUUGAGCAUUUAUUAUUUAGAAACUUAACCUUUUACAAUAAAGAUGUUAUACAUG